AUGUGGGGGGGCCUAGAGACACCCCAUGGCGCACCUGAUCUAUUUAUAGCCCAUGUCACGAGCACGGUCAUUGAUUUGCACUUCAAAUCCCGUCCCAGCAACGGCACGACGGCAGCGCAUAUGCAUUCUCCGAAGAUGCACGCCGCAUUCAGUGAGUCGGCCGCCCUGCCCGUCGACCUCUACGAACCAGCGCUCAGCUGGUAUUUCGACACCGAGGAAUUCGACUGCUGGGUCAAGAAGGAUCGAACAUGGCACCUGCGGUGUGUGGGCGGGCCCGGGUCGGGUAAGACUACGCUAGCGGCACUGGCCUUCAACAACAUCAGGGACCGGUUCGCGCGUGUGCCUGAUGUCGGAGUUGCUUCAGUUUUCGUCGUGGCUGACGUCUACAACGACGGUGAAGACGCAGCCGCAUUUGUGGAGAGCGUACUGUCGAGUCUCUGCCGCCAGUUCCGGAGGAAUUCGGGCGAGACCUCUCGAGUGUCGGAUGGCAUCUACGGCGCAUACGUGGCGGCGUGCGGGCGCGGGGACCGCUUCUCUCGUCGCAUCAAGCUCCUGCGGAAAGCCUUGUACGCUCGUUUGCUGAGCCUCAGCCACGCUUUUCUGAUCGUCGACGACUUUGACCGAUGCGGCGAUGCCAUCGAGCUGUUCUUCGAGGAUGAGUUCGCGAGACUUCGACGCCAUGGCCUGAAAAUCUUCGUCACUUCACGCAUCGCUUUCCAGCGAUCCCAGCUGUCGGUCUGGUGCGAUGCCGUAAACUCCGAGGGCGAGCAAUGCCCCAGCUACGGCAUCACCGUUUACUGGAAGUGCAAGCAGUGUUUGUUGCGUGGCGCCGAGGAAGAUUAUAUCAUCUGCGAAGCAUGCAGGUUGCGGGGUGAAGGCUGCGGGAUUUGCGGAGCAGGAGCGGCCGAGCUCUAUGAACCGUACUCGCACCUCGAGGUCGACCUCUCCAUCACCGGCGAGCUUGCCGCAGAGUUCGCUUCAUGGAGCCUCGAAGCCGAGCACGGCGACCUCGGCCUGGACACAAGCAACGAGAACAAGCCACCUCGCUCCGCGCUCGGGCGCACGCUCGUCAACCGCGGCGGACCCAAGGUGAUCCAGAGCCUGGUCAACUCCAUCGCCAACGACGCCUUCAACAACAUCAGCUUCAUCAAACUGCGCCUCGACGCCAUCCGCACCGCCCACUCGGUCGACGCGGUGCUCACGGUCGGCGACCGCCUGCCCGGGAACCGCGUCGCCAUGUUCGAUGCCGCCAUCAAGCGGAUUGCGGGUCAAGCCCAGCCACAGAGCCGGCUGGGGCUGACGGCCAUCUCGGCCGCGGCCAACCACUACAACGGCAGGCCGUUCAGAGACCUGGAGCGCGAACUGCAUAGGGUCGUCCCGCGAGACGGCGCUCGAGGCUCGCAGCCAUACUCGGUGCAGGAGGUCCUCAAGGCAACGGCCGGCUUCUUGACGGUGGACAACUCGGAAGACCAGCUCGUGUUGCCCUACCACGAGUCGUUUUUCUUGUACGUCACGGAAAACUACAACGAGCUGCUUGUCUGGACCCGCGGGGACUUGAGGUAUGCGAUGCCUCCGAGGUCGAAGACGAUGGCGCAGAUGGGGGCCAGGGACGAGGGGAAAAGAGCGCCGCCGAAAGGGCGUGUGGCUCCACGCGUGCAGCUUGGGCACGGCAAGAUGAAGCUUGCCAGGCAAGGGACCACCCGCGAGAUGUUCUGCAAGUACUGUAGAGAGUCCGUCCUCGAGUCGACGCAAAGAUGGGCCUACCAUCACAAGACCUUCCGAGACCUUGAGACGAGCGCUCUUGCACAAGAGCCGUGCACCUUUUGCCGGGCUCUUCAUGCCGACGUGAGCUCAGCGGCCGAGCCUUUCGACGAGCCGCUCUAUCGGUGGAGCAUCACCAGGCCAGCAUCCAUCCGGGAAACCCAAGACCCGGUCGUCAUCACCUUCCGACCAUGCCGGCCCAUCAAAUUCGCAACACGAGACGACCACGUCCGCGAAGAAUUCCCACCGGAGAGGGAGUUUUACAUGUUCCCAGACAACGACCUCACAGCCCUCGCCUCUCCCGCCACCCUCGGGCCGAGCACCAACUCGCCGCAAUCCUGGGCGCAAGUCGCCCGCUGGAUGCACACCUGCCUGACGACGCACCCGCGCUGCGCCAGACGCGCGUCGGCCUCGGGCAGCAGCAGCAGCAGCAGCUCCUCUCGCCACUUCGUCCCGACCCGCCUCCUCGACGUCCAACACCCCGCCUACCCCUCCCGCAUCGGCCUCAUCGAAACCGCAUCCCACCCGGCCUUCGCUUCUUCCACCUCUUCCACCACCUCCUCCACCCCCUCCUGCUCCACCCACCCGUCUGCACCACCACCCCCACCCCCACCCCCCUACUGCACCCUCUCCCACUGCUGGGGCCCCACCCCGACCUUCCUCCGCCUCCGCGGCCACAACAUCGCCCGCUUCCUCCGCGACGGCAUCCCCCUCGCAGACCUGCACAACACCAACUUCGCCCACGCCAUCGAGACGUGCCGGCGGCUGGGCGCGCGGUACCUGUGGAUCGACUCGCUGUGCAUCGUGCAGCACUGGGUGGAAGGGGUGGAGGCGGCGCCGGCGGAUGCGGGCGAGCGCGCGCUCGAGGACGCCGAUUGGCGCCGCGAGGCGCCGUGCAUGCAUGAUGUGUAUCGCGGGUCGUGGUGCAACAUCGCGGCGGUGGAUGCGGGGGAUGCGGGGGGAGGGCUGUUUCGCGGUGGGGGGGUGGGGGAGGAGGAGGGGGGACGGGAGGCGGUGGUGGUGCCGGGGACGUAUAGGGUGGAGGGGGAGGGGGCGGCGUCGGUGUUUGGCGGCCGGAAGGGGGGGACGUGGCGGGUCGUGAGCGGGGAUAUGUGGCAGAGGGAGUUGCUGGGGACGCCGUUGUAUAAGCGGGCGUGGGUGUUUCAAGAACGCCUCCUCUCCCCGCGCCUCCUCCACUUCACCCGCCACCAACUCUUCUGGGACUGCGCCACCCUCUCCGCCUGCGAGACCUUCCCCCACGGCCUCCCCCCUCCCCUCGACGCCCCCGCCGUCUCCGACCGCCACUGGCGCGCGCUCCUGCUCCAACAACAAACAGGCCCAACAUCCUCCCACCAAUCAUCCCACUCCCAACAACCUUCUUCCCUCGCGGCGGCGCCAAUGAACUCCGGCUCCUCCCUCUCCCUCGAGCGCUUCUGGGCCUCCGCCGUGGCCAGCUACACGCGCUGCGCCCUCACCCGCGCGUCGGACCGCGCCGUCGCCGUGUGGGGCGUCGCCAAGCCGCUGCGCGACGGCGGCGCCGGCAUGCUGCGCGAGGCCUACGCCGCGGGGCUGUGGCGCCGCGGGCUCGAGGAGCAGCUGGCGUGGCGGCUGGUCGAGACGCCGAAGCCGACGCCGGAGAUGUUGUCAUCGUCUUCACGAUGCGGCGCCGCUACCGCUGCCGCUGGUGGUGCUGGUGGUGGUGCUGGUGGUAAUGGUGGUAAUGGUGCUGCUGCUGUGACGACGACGCCGACGCCGACGCCGACGCCGACAUCGCACCACGGCGAAGCGGCGCCGGCGGCCGACUUCCCGUCGUGGUCGUGGAUGGCCGUCGUCGACGCGGCGGCCAGCGCCGUCGAGGUCGCGGACCGGCUGCCCGGGCGGCGGUCGUACACGGUGGUGGCGCACGACGGGGCGAGCCCCGUCGCGUUCGAGCUGGCCGACGGGUUCCGCGGGCUGGCGGACGAGGAGGAGGGAGAGGGCGAAGCGUUUGGGACGUGGGGGGAGCAGUUUGGGGCGUGGGAUGAGCGGAUGCGCGAGGUGGCGGCGGCGAGGGGGAAGGAGGGGCGGGAGAAGGAGGAGAAGAAGAAGAAGAAGGUGACUGGCGUGCAGCCGUCGAGGCUGGGGACGGUUGGGGAGGAGGAAAAGGAGGAGGAAGGCGGCGCGCCGUCCGUGGUGGGGAGUGGGGAGGAAGGAGAGAAUUUGAUGGACCAGCAUCCGCGGUUGGCGUCGAACUCGAUUGCGUUGUAUGGACAUGUCGGCCGCGCGAGGUGCGUGUAUGACGCGUUGAGGGAGGAUUAUCGGCUCGAUAUUCCCGGAGCGGCCGAGGAUCGGUGUCGGGUCGAGGUCUUUCCGGAUUUCGUCAUCCCUCACGGCGCCGUCGUCUACUUCAUGAUCCUCGCUGCCACCGUGGAGAAAAAUGAGAGUGACUGGGAAGGCGAGUACGACGAAGACGACGAGGACGGCGAGUAUGACGGAAGUGACGAGACUGAAGAGAACGAAGAGGAGGGUCACAAGAUCGAGCACGACGGGUCAGUGAUCGAACCCGAGGACGCGGAUGAGGCCGAGGACGGCAGUCAAGGUGCCGUCGACGAGUUCGACGCUCCCUGCCAAGGUGUUGGCAUCAUACUGCAGCCAGCGGAGGAAGACAACCAUUUUUACCGUUUGGGGGCCUUGCGUUUCGAAAUGACUCGGGCAAUAAUGGAGUCAACCUAUAUCGGAGUAGACUCGGACGACCUCACAGGAUGUGACGAAGAAAAGAAGUUCAAAAUCUGGUUGGAUUAA